AUGAGGGACGAAGACAUCGUCGGCGCCACCCUGGCAGAAGUCCUGCCCAAGACAUCGAAGUACUGGUUCCAACAAUCGCACCUCCUCCGCUUGAACCUGAUCCUCCUCGUCCCGCUGCUCUCCUCCGCGGUAGCCGGCUACGACGGCUCCCUCAUGAACGGCCUCCAGUCCCUCUCGCAAUGGAAGACCUACUUCGACUCCCCCGCCGGCGCGCUCCUCGGCACCGUAAACGCCGCGCAGUCCAUCGGCUCCAUCCUCGUCCUGCCCGUCGUCGGCGUCUGCAGCGACGCCUUCGGGCGCAAGCCGGUGCUGAUGGCGGGCCUGGCCGGCGUCAUCGUCGCGACGGCCAUCCAGGCGACGUCGACGACGCUGGCGCAGUUCAUCGUCAGCCGGCUGGUGGUCGGCAUGGCGGGCAUGCUGGUCGUGCAGCCGGCGCCGCUGCUCAUCGCCGAGCUGGCCUACCCCACGCACCGCGGCAAGUACACCAGCGCCUACUGGACCAUGUACUACCUGGGCGCCAUCCUCGCCAGCUGGACCACCUUCGGCACCGAGGCCCUCGCGGGCAGCUGGUCCUGGCGCAUCCCGACCGUCCUGCAGGCCGGCUACCCGCUCGUCCAGCUCGCCUUCAUCCGCUGGCUCCCCGAGUCGCCGAGGUGGCUGAUCGCCAAGGGACGCGCCCCCGAGGCCGAGCGCAUCCUCGCCGCCUACCACGCCGGCGGCGACGCCUCCAGCCCCCUCGUGCGGCGCGAAGUCGCCGAGAUCACCGCGACGAUCCGCCUCGAGCAGUCCACCGCCGGCUCGACCACCUGGUCCACGCUCGUCGCCACGCCGGGCAACCGCAAGCGCCUCUUCAUCUCCGUCUGCCUGGGGGCGUUCGCGCAGUGGAACGGCAUCGGCGUCGUGUCCUACUACCUGACGCUCGUGCUCGACACCAUCGGCAUCACCGACCCCUUCGACCAGACCCUCAUCAACGGGCUCCUCCAGAUCUUCAACUUCGCCGCCGCCCUCUCCGCCGCCAUCCUCGUCGACCGGCUGGGCCGGCGCCCGCUCUUCCUCUGGUCCGGCGCCGGCAUGCUGGCCUCGUACGUCGUCUGGACCGCGUGCUCGGCCGUCAACGACGAGACGGGCAGCCGCGCCGCCGGCAUCGUCGUCGUCGUGUGCCUGUUCACCUUCUACUUCCACUACGACAUCGCCUACACGCCGCUGCUCAUGGCCUACCCGACCGAGCUGUGGCCGUACAGCCUGCGCAGCAAGGGCAUCAGCUGCGAGCUCAUGUCCGUCUACGUCUCGCUCGUCAUCGCCGCCUUUGUGAACCCGCUGGGCAUGGAGAACAUCGGGUGGCGCUAUUACAUCGUCUUUUGUUGUUUCCUGGCCGUCUUCUUGGCCGUCACCUAUGCCUUCUUCCCCGAGACCAAGGGCCGGAGUCUGGAGGAGGUGGCUGAACUGUUCGAUGGGCCCGGUGCGUUGCCGGACGUGCAGAAGAUUGCAAAGAAGGACUCGCACGUGGCGAAGGCUUCUGGGGCGCAUACAGAACACAUAGAGGUGGUUUGA